AUGCGUCACUCAUCAAUGGCAACAGCGUUCUAUUUAGUUGUGGUGCGUCUUAGUAUCUGCUCCGGUAUAGCCACUGGAGACAGCUUUGAGUGGCAGUUAUGCAACCUUUACUUCGAUGAAAAUUACUGCAAAGAAAACACAGGUUUAGGGAAGAACGCAACCGGCGUCGUCGAAGUGACAACAAGUGAACCGUUACCAAAAACAGUAUUUGAAAGUCCAUUUCUUCAGACCAGCGAGAAAAGUGCUGCGAAUUUUAGCCUUGUAAAUAACGAGCGUGGUCACAAAGGAAAUGAGACUGAUUUCAGUCCUAAAAAUUACGAAAGUGAUUCUUCUCAGUUGUCUCCAAAAAGCAUGACAGAUGAGCUACCACAAGAAACAUUACUGGCUAAACCUACUGCAGUCCUCCCAAUAGUUCUUGUUUCUCCACAAAAACCUCAGUUGGCUACAACAAGGUCUGGAGAACCCUUGGGUCUGUUGAUUCCGCUCACUGCUGUGAAUGGCAACUCAAACUUUGACUCUGAUAUUGACCCUUUAAAAACCCCGAGCGUUGCGCUGCCGUCGAUACACAAACUUUUACAAAACCGUCAAGGAACUGCGCAAGUCAACAGGGAUCCGCCUAAAGAAAUCGUUUUAGCAGCAGCGAGAAACGAAGCGACUAAGUUAAGAGAGACUGGAAAAAAAGAAUUAGCUAGAGAAAUGGACCAGAUAAAUAGAUCUCAAAUGUCUGUUUUGACAAAUACAGAUUACAUGAAGUUUACAAGAAAUCAAGACCCAUUUGAUGUGCAGAGGAAAAAGCCAGAUUUUGAGUUCGCUGAUAUAUCAAAGUUGCUUGAAGCCAGUUCAACGGGAACAAACCUCACAACACCAAGAAAAGAGCGAGCAGACAGUGAAGGACUGCCAAAGCCGACCUUAAAGCAAACAGGACCUGUCAGCUCAGAUCCAGCAAAUAAGCUUCCAGUAACGUCGGUCCGUCCAGACUGGGGUCCUUUACGAAAGGGGCCGCUCAAUCUGACACCUAUUAGCAACAGCCCUGCAAACUUUAUCAAAAAGACAUCCAUUCCUCCGGCAGCUCCAGCUCCAGUAAAAGCUAAUGUUCCUGAUCAUGUGGACUGUCCUGUAAUGAAAGCCGAAUAUGACCGUAUAUGCUUCGUAAAACCGGUACCUCAAGCUGCUAAUGCUACGAAAAGAUUUUGUGAUGCCUUCAAGAACAACUGCAAAAAUCUGAUUAAGUCUCUUGGCGGACUGAUUGAUCCUGCGGCGAGAUUGGAGGCUCUUCAAGCGGGUCAAAUUAUGGGUUCGAAAGAGGAAUUCGCACCAAGCGAAGACCACGAAUCAUGUCUUCAAUUAAAACCAGAAUAUGACGACAAUUGCCAAGGCGAAGUUUCACCAGAUGUCGCCAACGAAACGGCAGCAUUCUGUACGGCCUACGUUACUAUGUGCAAACAUCUGAUGGAAACACCUCAAUUCGGGAAAUAUACUGAACAAGCCACAAAGUUUUGUGAACGAUACAUGGAACGUUGCCCUAAAAAUCAGGUUCCUGAUGAACCUGUACACUUUAAGAAGGCGAAACAUAUCUAUAUACGCGAAUUCCAGUAUAUCUGUACCAUGAUGAAAUCUUUUGCUUCCACCUACUGUAUCCGGCCAACAGUUCUGAAGGUGAUGAAAUACCUUAUUCUUUGUGGAUUCUAUAAACAGAAAUGCAUUGAUCCUUAUACAAGUGUUGUUUACGCAUAA